AUGGCGGCCGAUAUGGAGCAAAUCGCCCAGCUUCUCAACGCUACUCUCGAUCCCUCCCAGCACAGAAAAGCCGAAUCGGCCUUGAAGCACGAGGCCUCAAAGCCCCAAUACUCGCUGGCGCUUCUCACAAUCGUCAGCAGCGAAUCUGCCCCUGCCAACACGAGGCUUGCCGCCGCCCUCGCCUUUAAGAAUUUUAUCCGCACAAACUAUGUUGAUGAGGAAGGAAACUACAAAAUCUCGGAAUCCGAGGUUCAAACCAUCAAAGAUCGCCUUGUCGGUCUCAUGAUUGCUUGCCCACCCAAUGUGCAGGCACAGCUUGGCGAGGCCAUCAGCGUAAUCGCCGACUCCGACUUUUGGAGGCGGUGGGACACCCUCACACAGGAUCUCGUUAGUCGAUUUUCCGUCACCGAUCCCAAGAUCAAUGUCGGCGUUCUCGAAGUCGCACACUCCAUUUUCAACAGAUGGCGCCCGCUAGGAAAGACGGAUGAGCUGUACAUUGAAAUCAAUCAUGUGCUGCAAACCUUUGGCCAACCCUUCUUCCAGCUUCUUGUCACUACCGACGACAAGAUUCAACAACAUGCCAACGACAAGCAGGCUCUUCACGGAUGGUUCGAGGUCCUUGAUCUCCAGGUCAAAAUCAUGUACGAUCUUUCGAGCCACGAUCUUCCCCCCAUCUUCGAAGACAAUCUUCCCAGCAUAGCCGAACUUUUGCACAAGUACCUUACAUACACCAACCCGCUGCUAGACACCGACGACGAGUCCGAAGUCAGUAUUGCCGAUACAGUCAAGGCCAACAUCUGCGAGAUCCUUGUUCUCUACACUUUUAAAUACGACGACGCAUUCUCCCAAUACUGCCAGCCAUUCAUCACCAGCGCUUGGAACUUACUUUCAGCUACUGGUACAGAGACGAAAUACGACAUUCUCGUCAGCAAAGCUCUGCACUUCCUCACGGCUGUCACUGCCACUGCGCAAUACUCUGGCUUGUUCAACAGCGAGGAUGUCAUUACACAAAUCGUCGAAAAGGUUAUUCUGCCUAACGUCACCCUUCGCGAAUCUGAUGUCGAGCUCUUCGAAGACGAGCCAAUCGAGUAUAUUCGUCGCGACUUGGAAGGUUCCGACAACGACUCCCGUAGACGCUCCGCCACCGAUUUCCUCCGUAAGCUGCAGGAGAAGUUUGAGAGCCUGGUGACUACCGCAGUCUCAAAAUACAUCAACCAUUACCUGAAUCUUGGAAAGACGGAUUGGAAGGCCAAGGAUACUGCCAUAUACCUGUUCCUGUCUAUUGCCGCCAAGGGAGCCGUCACCGCUGCACAGGGUGUCAAGACGGUGAACCCCUUGGUCAACAUUGUUCAAUUUUUUGAGCAACACAUUGCCGCAGAUCUUGUCGCCCCUGACAACUCGGAGCCGAUUCCCAAGGUUGAUGCCAUCAAAUUUCUCUACACAUUCCGGAGUCAGCUCAACAUGGAGCAGUGGAAGCAAGCCAUUGGUCCUCUGGUCCGAAACCUCAACUCCUCCAACUACGUCGUAUACACGUACGCCGCUAUCUCUGUCGAGCGUGUGCUCUAUUUGACUGAUGACAAUGGCAACCGCACCUUCAACCGCGAAGACGUUGAGCCACUCUCUAAGGAUCUGUUGGAUCACCUCUUCAAGCUAAUUGAGAAGGACCACAGCCCGGCUAAGCUCCAGGAAAACGAAUUUUUGAUGCGCUGCGUUAUGCGUAUUCUCAUCGUCAUCAAAGAUGGCGCAGCUCCCGUACUCGACAACGCGCUGACCCACCUAGUUGCCAUUACAAACAUAAUGAAGCAGAAUCCGAGUAAUCCUCGCUUCUACUACUACCACUUUGAGGCCAUGGGUGCUCUGGUUCGCUACUGCGCCGCCAGCAGUGCUCCUAUCCUCAACGCUAAACUUUGGGGUCCCUUCCACGAGAUUCUCGCGGAAGACGUGACUGAGUUUAUGCCAUACGUGUUCCAGAUUCUCGCCCAACUUCUCGAGUCAAGCCCCGUCGAGACCAUCUCGGACAACUACAAAGGUCUUUUGCAGCCACUGCUGGCGGCUCCUCUUUGGGAAACCAGAGGCAAUAUUCCUGCCUGUACCAGGCUCUUGUCUGCCGUUAUCCCCAAAGCUUCUGUCGACAUUGCGGCGAACAAGCAAUUGGAGCCACUUCUGGGCAUCUUUCAGAACCUGCUGAGUAGUAAGAGAUUUGAGCUAAAUGCCUUUGACAUUCUGGAUGCCUCUGUCAACGCCUUUGAGCCGGCCGUCCUCGAUCAGUACUUUGGCACUAUUUUACAGCUCAUUUACACCAAGCUGCAAGGCAACCCGGGUCAAGCCCUGAAGCUCCGCUUCGUGCGCUUCUUCCACCUUGUCAGCUCCCGUCUGGAGGCUGGAUACGGAUCUGACUUCUUCAUCAAGCACUCUGAUAAAGUCGAUGAAAAGGCCUUUGCCCAAGUCUACCCGCCCUUUGUGCUCGCUGAGACGGAAAAGCUUGCUCGACCCAUCGACCGCAAGUUGGCCGUCAUUUCGCUGACCAAGAUCCUUUGUGACUCGACCAUCUUCGCGCAAAAGUUUAUGAAGGGAUGGGGCAACACGUGCCGUAUACUGCUGUCGCUCAUGGCCAACCCGCCCGCGGUGGCGGCCGGCGGCGGUGACGAGAUUCUCGCCGAGUCGCCCGUUGACGACAUUGGCUUCGGCACCUCGUACACGCCCCUCAACACUUGCAAGCCGCUGGCGCGCGACGACUUUCCCGACAUCCAGGACGUGCCGAAAUGGGUCAAGGAGUACAUGGUCAACGCCAACCAGCGCCACAACGGUGCCUUGCAGCGCUUUAUUUCGGAGCGCCUGCCGCCGGAGCAACAGCAGGCAAUUGCGCAGUAUCUUGUUUGA